AUGGAUAGAAAGGAUCUACAGGAAACGGCCAGCAAUUUAGCCGAUAAGGCUACAUCGAAAAAUGCCAGCACAAAUUCUCUGGAUACGGAUUCGAAAUCCAGUUCAAUCGGUUCAAAACAUGGUAAUGAAACGGGAUCAUCGAAAGACACGCCCUUUACCUAUUUGGAGGGUGAAGAAGAUCAAGACUUGAAGAAUGAUGUUACCUAUGUUUGUCCCUAUCGGGGUCCGGCAAAUGGAGCUUUGACUAUAACCAAUUAUCGUUUGUAUUUCCGUUCGUUGCCGUUGAGGGACCAUGAACCGCCCGUAGUGGUGGAUAUACCAUUGGGUGUGAUAGCUCGGGUGGAGAAAAUUGGUGGAGCCUCAUCGAGGGGCCAGAAUUCCUAUGGUAUUGAAAUAUUUUGUAAGGAUAUGCGGAAUCUGCGCUUUGCCCACAAACAACAGAAUCAUUCCAGGCGUACAGUAUUCGAGAAGUUGCAGUCGUAUGCCUUUCCCUUAUCGUAUAGUGGAAAGUUGUUUGCCUUUGCCCAUGCCGCUGCAAUUGGCAGUUCGGGGGCUGGGGAGAAUGGUUGGAAUGUGUAUGAACCAUUGGCGGAGCUGAGGCGUUUGGGUGUACCCAAUGAUAUGUGGAGGGCGACGAAAAUCAAUGAGAAUUAUACGGUGUGUGAUAGCUACCCGGCCGUGUGGGCAGUUCCCAAACAGGCAUCUGAUGAUUUUUUGCGUAGAGUGGCGCAGUUCCGUUCGAGGUGUCGUUUACCCGUUCUGUCAUGGAUGCAUCCCAGAUCCCAGGCGACGAUAACGCGUUGCUCCCAGCCAUUGGUGGGAGUGGGAGGCAAACGUAGCGCCGAUGAUGAGCAGUAUUUGAAUUAUAUUAUGGAGGCUAAUGCCCAAUCGGACAAAUUGGCAAUUAUGGACGCCCGACCAAGUGCCAAUGCUAUUGCCAACAAGGCCAAGGGUGGUGGUUACGAGUCGGAGGAGGCCUAUAAAAAUGUUGAGAUACACUUUUUGGACAUACACAAUAUCCAUGUGAUGCGGGAGAGUUUGAGGAAGGUGAAAGAGGUUUGCUAUCCCACGAUUGAUGACUCCAAGUGGUUGUCAUCGAUUGACAAUAGCUUGUGGUUGAAACACAUCAAGUGUAUUUUGGCCGGGGCGGUGCGGAUUGUGGACAAGGUGGAGACAAUGAGUACCUCGGUUGUGGUCCACUGUUCCGAUGGUUGGGAUCGCACUGCCCAAUUGACGGCCUUGGCAAUGUUGUUAUUGGAUCCAUAUUAUCGGACAUUGCGGGGUUUUGAGGUCCUAAUCGAAAAGGAAUGGCUGUCGUUUGGCCAUAAAUUCCAACAGAGGAUUGGUCAUGGUGAUAAUCGCCAUUCCGAUGCUGAUCGUUCUCCGGUGUUUUUGCAAUUUAUCGAUUGUGUGUGGCAGGUGUCACAGCAAUAUCCGAAUGCCUUUGAAUUUAAUGAACAUUUCCUCAUCACCAUCAUUGACCAUUUGUAUUCGUGUCGUUUUGGAACUUUUCUGGGAAAUACCGAAUAUGAUAGGGUGCAGGAAGAUCUCAAACACAAAACAAUCUCCCUUUGGACUUACAUCAAUUCCUCAAUUGAUCAAUAUUUAAAUCCCUUAUAUCCCUCGUUUACCCAGGGUGCCCAAACAGUGUUACGGCCCAUUGCCAGCAUGCGUAUUGUUAAGAUAUGGAAGGGAUUGUAUUGUCGUUGGAAUCCCAGUAUGCGACCACAAAAUAAAAUCUAUAAUCGUACCCGGGAACUAUUGGCAAUGCAGGAGCAGUUAGUUAAACAGGUGACCGAAAAACGUUUAAAGGCCAAUAUGCGUCAGAAUACCCAAGCUGCUUCGCGUCUGGCAUCUCCAAUGCAUUAA